AUGGGUUCCUCUCGCCGAAGGAAGAAAAAACACAAAUCCUCCUCCUCGUCGGUAAAAGUUGGAAAACUGUCGCAGACGAGACAGUUCGUGGCGGUGAAAUCCGUGAAACUUCCAUCAUCCGGAGCAGAGCACGCGAAAGAGAGUGAGGAGAACGAAACGAGUUGGAAUAAAGAGACGUCGUGCGUGAAUAACUAUUCCAGGAACGGCCUGGUCUCGAACGCGAACAGGUUUUAUUACGUGGGCGGGAGGAACGCGCUGGCAGAUAACGUGAAGAAUGUGGACGACGACGAGAAUGCGAACGCGAGAAAGAGGAAAGCAGCGGACAAAACGUUGACCGAGAACGCAGAUCGGGACGAGUUGAGGAAAGCCGUCGGCGAGAGGAGUUCCUCAGGCAUCGCGAAACCGAAACGAUUGACGCCGAGACAGAAGAGAAUCUGCGAACUGUUGAUGUCAAAACACGGCAAAGACGUGGAAAAGAUGUUUCGAGAUAUUAAAGCGAACGCGUUGCAGAAAACCAGAGGGGAAUUGAAACGCAUGCUCGAGAGUUACGAGCAUUACGAGGACGAAAACGGAGGAGACCGAAUACGCGUAGAUUUUCGCGCACCGAAGAAACGACUGUCGAUUAAGCGAGCCUUUUAA